AUGCUAUCAGAUUUGUUGAUUAAUCUCAACUUUAAUUUGAGGAUUGAUUACAAUAAGUUCAAAUUUCUGUUAGAAACUAUUGGUCAAGAAUAUAAUUUUCAAAUGAUAGUUAAGAAGGUUACAAUUGACUCGAUUGAGAAGUAUUAAGAAUUAUAGUCUCAGCAAGACAUGAUGAAAAAUUGCAUCUUGACAGGGAUUCAGUUCUCAUAUUCAGAUUAGAGUAUUAGUAAUGGUUCCAGCAAUUCUUAAGCUACAGUAAAUACAAUUACUCAAAUAAUUCAACCAAGUCUAUUCAUCUAUACCUUAGAAUCCUUUCAAUAUUUGAAGUACUUGUCCCUGAACUGUGAUUGCCUAUAACUAGAUUAAGAUGAAAUAAGCAAUUUUAAACUUCCAGAGAAUAUCAAAAAGGUCGGUUUUAUUAAUAUUAGUAAUGAGAGUUUAGACCUCCUGGACAAAAUUAAAUAGAUACAUAAGCUAGUUCUUACAUAAAUCAAAAGUGAUAUUGACGAAAAAUUAUUCAUUGAAAAAUUAUCAAAGGUUGAUACAAAUAAACUGUGCAUUUUUGGCAAACCCUCAUUCAAGCAAGAUAUAUUCAACUAAUUGGCAGAAGGAAAAUUUAAAAUUUUCAUAAUUGAUGUUGUUAAUAUAACUCCUAAGACCUAAGCGAACUUGCUAAUAAAUGUUCUUAAAAAGUUUGAACCAAAAAAAUUUGCAAUAUCAAAUCCUAUUUUAGUUCAUAUUGAUUCUGAAAGCGUUCUUGAUAUCAUUCAGAUUCUCAGUUAUUAUCUUAACUAUAUCAGAUUUGAUAUUAUUGGGAUGAAUAGAGGGUCUAAUUUUUAAUAGGAACUAGGGCCAAUGAAUCCUAAUGAAUCCAAAUUAAAAGCCAUAUUUUGCAAUAAAACAAUCAAAGAUGAUGCUCUCAUGAUGAAAUUGAUAAUAAAGCUUAACAAUAUCCCUUCUCUUGAAUAGAUAUACCUGAGAUUUAGUUAGCAUUAAUUUGAAACUAGCUAAUUUCUUAGAGCCUUUAAUAUCUCAAAGGAUAUUAAUAUCAUGUUCUCCAAGGAUAGUAUUUAUAAACUCGACUAUUCAAUGGGAGUAAGGAAAAAGGAAUUCUACGAUUUUUUUAAGUACGAAGGAAAGCUCAGCUAGGACAUAUAUCCUCGUCUGUAUAAAAGUCCAUUUAAAAUCUAUUCGUUUUACAAAUUUAUUUUUACUGAUGCUUACAUAACCAGAAACGACUUAGGGCGCAUUUUUGAUCAUAUUAAUAGCAAGGAGACUUAGAAUUUAACUUUCACAUUUGAGUUUAAAUAGCCUUUAAAGAUAUUAUCUAAUUUGAUUAUGGAACUAAGAAGAGGGAUGCAACCUUAAAGAUUGAACUUUUAUAAUAUUGACAGUACUGAAGAGAAUGAUAAAUUAAUGAUUUAUGCUAUUGAGUAUCAUCCAGAGAUAUUCUAGAAAUGCAAUAUUCACUAUAAGUUUCAUAGUCUUUUUGAGCGUUUCUUCGAUGAAUUAAUAAAGCAUUAGAAGUUCUCACUAAAUUUCAGUAAUUAUUAGCAAGAAAUAAGCAGGGAGUAAGCAAUUAUUUUACAGAAGGAAUGCAAGUAUCAUAAAAUAGAGUUUAAUCUUGCUGAUAAAAAGAAAGAAGAGAAAUAGCUCUCAUAAUUAGAAAUAGAAAUAGAGGAAGAAAAAGGUAAUGAGGAAAAUUGA